AUGGAUUUUGGGCUCUCGGUGGUGGAGUACGACCCCGGCACCCACGACCUCAAGACUCUGUCCCUGCACUACUUCGAGGAGCCGGAGCUGCGGGACGGCUUCGUUCAGAACGUGCACACGCCCCGCGUGCGCGUGGACCCCGACGGGCGCUGCGCGGUGAUGCUGAUCUACGGCACGCGCCUGGUGGUGCUGCCCUUCCGCCGCGACUCGCUGGCCGACGAGCACGAGGGGCUGGUGGGAGAGGGGCAGAAGUCGAGUUUCCUGCCCAGCUACAUCAUCGACGUGCGUGAGCUGGACGAGAAACUGCUCAACAUCAUCGACAUGCAGUUCCUGCACGGCUACUACGAGCCCACGCUGCUGAUCCUCUUCGAGCCCAACCAGACCUGGCCCGGGUCACCCAUGCAGUUCCUGCACGGCCACUACGAGCCCACGCUGCUGAUCCUCUUCGAGCCCAACCAGACCUGGCCCGGGUCAGUUCUGGGGUUUUGA